AUUCCUAGUAUUGUGCGAUAGCAAACGCACGUGGCCUUUCCCUCACUGAGAGGUCUCUGUAGUGAACGCCCAGCGGUUUCCGCAGAAAGCCUCCUUCCUGCGCCGUUGCGGAAGUGGAAUGACGUGUGGAAAGCCACACGUAGCACUCGUCCCAAAAGUCUGUCGUGAGCAGAGGACCAGUGCGAUGCUACUGCUUGCUGUCGCGCUGUCUACGCUCGUCUUAGUCGGUGCAAAAUCAGACGGACCGAGAAUAACAUCACCGAAAGAUGAAACAGUUGUGGAAAAAGGAAAAACAAUUACCGUUGUGUGCGAAGGAGAAGGUGACUUGAAAUGGGAAUAUCCUGAAUACAGCGGUUCUAAGGUGAAUGUAACCAAUGAGCACCACAAGACAAUUCUGAAGAGAUAUCAAGCUAAUUAUCUGGAUGUUGGGUAUUAUAUAUGCUACACAGAAAAUAACUACAAUAAAAUAAAAAAUCAAGUAUAUAUUUAUGUGAAAGAUGAACAGCAGCCAAUUGCUAUGGCAACUAAAAGAAUAUUUGUGACCGUUGAACCAUCAGGAACUGUCAUAGUACCCUGCAGACCUACAUCUCCAGAUGUCAAAUUGCACCUUAUUAAAUUAGAAGAGGCUGCGGAGGUUCUCCCUGAAGAUGACGAACGAAUCACUGUCAAUAAGGAAGGCUUUGUUAUUCACAGUGUAUCUUUAACUGACAAUGGAAAUUAUGCAUGCUGUCUAUAUGGGGCAGAUGGUCAAUGUGAUGAAACACAUAGUUACGUCAUUAGUAUAAAUGUGAAAAAGACACUUGGUUCCUUACCUUUGCCUGAAGUGUUUGGUCCAAAACAUGCAGUUGUUGGCAGUACUGUAGCAAUGUUUUGCAAUGUUACAACACUGGCAUCAGCUCAGCUUCUACAACUGAAAUGGAUAGUAUUAAAUGAGACUUACAUUAAGACUGGCCAUGUAAAAACAAAGUCAUUAGAAAGAACACGAAAUUAUGGGGGUGUAUCAGAAAAUGUUUAUGAAGAGGUAAUAAUUAUCUCAAAUAUCACAACUGAUGAUGCAGGAGCCUAUACAUGUGAGGUCAGAAAUGAUAAAAAUGCACAGAACAAAUCUAUAGUGCUCCAUGUGCGUGGUGAUUCUUUUGUUGAUGUAUCAUUUUCUGCCACAAAGGACAUAACUGUAGAUGAUGGAGAGAAUGUUACAUGGGUGGCAUAUGUUGAUGCAUUUCCAAACAAAUUUUCUGUUGUGUGGAAGAGUCCACAGGAUAAAGAAAUUGAUCCUGUUUUGCGAUAUUCUCUAAUUACAAACAACAAAGAAAUCAAGUUUUCUAUUCAAAAUGUAACAACCAAGGAUCAGGGUAGAUACACAGUGGUUGUUCAAAAUUCAGGAAGUAAUUUCAUUUCAUAUCCAACACUGACAGUACGUGGUAAGCCAACAACAUGGAUUGUCAACAAUCAGAAGAAAAUAUUCUUAGCUGAAAAAGAAACAUACAUAGUGAAGUGUGAGGUGGCUAGUGGUUCCAGCCUUGUUAUUGUUUCCUGGAAUUUUACUUCAUGCACUAGUGAAUCUGCUUGCACAACCAAAUAUUUAGAAACAGAGCAAAGGAAUAAUGCAGAUGGUGUGAGGAAUGGAUCUUUUCUGACUUCCACGUACAAAUUUUCAUGUGAAAUACCAGGAAAUCUGUCUUGUAUUGCUUCAGAUGAUUAUGGAAUAGGCAGCAACACCAUUGAAAUUAUUUGUGAAGGUGUUACAAAUGCUGAAGCUCUUACAGCUGGUGUGGUGUGUGCUGCACUUGUACUUAUUAGUAUUGUAGCUGUCCUAGCAUUUAAACUGAUAAAAGAGAAGAAACUACGAAAAAAAUUAAGUGAAAUUGGCCUUGAGAAUUUUGUGGAAGGAGCACCAGAAAGUAUGAAUCCAAAUCUUCCUCUGGACGAACAGGCAGAGUUACUGCCAUACAAUAAAAUUUGGGAGUUCCCCCGUGAAAAAUUAAAAUUUGGGAAGCAACUAGGUUCUGGAGCUUUUGGUGUUGUAGUAAAGGCUGACGCAUAUGGUAUUCUUGAACCUGACAAAAUCACGACAGUAGCAGUGAAGAUGGUAAAACAGAAUGUUGAUAUCACAUACAUAAAAGCUCUUGCUUCAGAGCUCAAAAUUAUGUGCCAUCUUGGGAAACAUCUGAAUAUUGUGAAUUUAUUGGGUGCUUGUACUGAUAAUCUUUCCAAAAGAGAGCUUCUGGUAAUUGUGGAAUAUUGCAGGUUUGGUAAUUUGCACAGUUACCUGAUUCGCAAUCGAAAGAACUUUAUAGAUCAAAUAGACCCAGGAACAGAUAGCAUAGACCCAAGUAUCUGCAUGGAAAUAUUAUCACGGCCAGAAAACAGUCAAGGAUCAAGUAGGUCAAAAUCCAGGUCUUCCAUAUCUUCAGAUACCCAUCAAUCUAACAGCAACAGCGCUGUGAGGUACAUUCCGUCAUCCACAAGUGAUACAAGUGAACAUGGUCAAGUCAGUUUCAACCCAAGUGUGAGUGGUGGCAGCAGACCACAAGAAUGGUGCUAUUAUUAUAAGUGUGAUGAUGCUGGUAAAGUGAAUCCAGUAUGUACGAAUGACCUUGUAUGCUGGUCAUACCAAAUAGCUAAUGGAAUGGAUUACUUAGCACAGAGAAAGGUGUUACAUGGAGACCUGGCAGCUCGAAACAUUCUACUGGCCGAAGGGAAUGUUGUGAAGAUCUGUGAUUUUGGUUUGGCAAAGAAUAUGUAUCGUUCCAACAUAUACAAAAAGAAGAGUAGUGGACCACUGCCAUUUAAAUGGAUGGCAAUAGAAGCCAUAAAGGACCGCAUAUUUUCAACACAAUCAGAUGUGUGGUCCUAUGGUGUGACUCUGUGGGAGCUCUUUUCCUUGGCAACAACACCAUACCCAGGCAUGGAGCCAGAUGAGAGAUUACUUCAGAGGUUGAUUAAUGGCUACCGAAUGGAAAAACCGCAAUAUGCUACUAACAAAAUAUAUGAGAUUAUGCUGAGCUGCUGGCACACUGACCCUAAUAAAAGAGUCACUUUCUCGCAGUUGGUUAAAGAAUUUGGAAAUAUCCUGGGAGAGAGAACCUUAACUCAUUAUCAUAACUUAAAUGAUGAAUAUAUCAGCAUGAGUCCAAAACCAGGAGCUAAAGGAGAUGACUAUCUUGCCAUGGCUGCUGCACCUGAUUAUAAUAAAUUACUAUCACCAGUGGAAGGUGAAAAUCAUUCAUAUAUAAAUAGUAACCCAUUGUCAAGUGAAAAUCCUGAAAUUGAACAUACAAGAGACUACACUGACAUGAACUGUGCAUCACCCUCUGGUUACGAUGUCAGCAGUAUUGAUACAGGCUUCCACAGUGAUGGUUCACAGAAUACAACAUAUGAAGCCAGAGAUGAUAACAGCAACAAAAUUGCAAAGCUGGCAAAUGUUAAAUUAUACUCUUCCACAAAAGAUUCUCAGAAAGAUACUGAAAUGCAAAAUAUUUCAUCAGAAAAUAAUGGAAUCUCAAAUCCUGCAUAUUUUCACACCUCAUUGUAAUUCUCAUUACUGUGUAAGUAAUUUAUUUGUGGCUACUGGUAUUGUACAAUCUGAAUUUCUUGUGAAUAUUUGAUUCAAGAUACCACAUAAACCAUUAAAAGUGCAACCUGUUGCGUUAAAAGACAACAAUAACUUCUUUUAAAACUGUUUGUUCUGAUGGUUGUGACACUAUGCAUGCAUAUUAACUGGGCAUAAUAAGAAAUAUGUCCGCCUCCAUAGCUGAAUGGUCUGCAUGGUUGACUGCAAUACAGAGGUUUCAGGUUUGAUUUCUCAUACUGCCAGGAAUUUUUUCUUGGUGUGACUGGUAAAGGGUGCACUCAGCCUCAGGAGGCCAACUGAGGAGCUACUUGACCAAUUACUAGAGGUGCCAAGAUCAAGAAGUCCAACAAUGACUGAGAAAAUGGUGUGCUGACCACAUGCACCUCCAUAUUGCUCGCAGUGCCGCCAGUGAUAAAGGAUGACAUAAUGGUCAGUCAGGUCCAAUUGGCCCAUCUAAGAAUGUGGAACCUUACUUUUUUAUAAUCAGAAAUGGAAGUAUAUUUCUUUUGUUGCUUAGAUGAAUGAAAUAAACGUCUCUCAUUCAUUA